AUGCCCUCGACUUAUGUCUCCCACCAGCUCGUAGCUGCACACCUACCUCCGCCCCCCUCUCUACCACUCUCCAUACCAGAGCUACGUAUCACGACUCGACGAUCGUUUCCCGGACGAGAAGAGACGGAUCAACCGCUGCAUCCAGCUCACGCACUUUCGACAUCCUACAAUCCGGAUCUCAACGUCUUAGCCAGGGUCAUCCACAAUGGUCAUCGGCUCGAAUUGCGGCCGUUCGACAUCGUCAAGUUGAAGAGUCAGGUCAGAGACGAGAGUGGGACGGACACCCUGCAGAUACUAUUCCCUGAGCCUCUUCGAGCUCUCAGCGAAGGCACCAUCAUCCUCUCGAAUGCUGAUCGCAAGGUCUACAUUAUUGUCGUUUCCGAAAGCAACACCGUAUAUCGAUUGUCUUUCCCUUUGGGUCGCUUCAAGUCGGAACGAGGAGCGCGAUUCAUCUUCAUGACGACUGGAGGAGUCGAAUGGUGCGAGGAGUUUGAUGUCCCGGAGGACGUGAUCAGCCAGGCCGGAGGUGUAUGCCCUGUAGCAAUAGUCGAUUCUGAGACGGUUGUUCUGGGUGGAGCAGAUGGCGGCAUCAUACGUGUCAUUCGGUCCCUUAACACCUGGACCGCCACCCACCAUCGCGUUUCUUCUAGAUUCCGCCUGCCUUCUCUCUUCUCCUCCGCUUCAUCUGACGAUCAGGUUCUUUCCUUUGCGCAGUAUGACGGCGAAGUAGAAUCAACCUUUUACGCCCUUUCACGAGAUGGGAAGCUUCGAGUCUGGAGCCUCGACACUGGUGCGCUCGUGAAAACAAUUGACGUGCAAAGUGCAAUCAGUACGAGCAAACAAGUAAUCCUUGCUGGUCAGACCGGCGCCUCGACCUCUCAGAUCAUUCAAGACGCUUCAGAAGUGAACCUCAUUCGCAUCAUCGAAACGCCGAACGCAUCUUCUCCGUACUCACAUGUCAUCGUCGUCUUUGUCGGCUCGCCCGGGAGCUCAACGUCUGCAGGAACGUUUGCAGUGUACCGUGUAUCUAGGUCAAGUAACGACUUCUUCAUCGUGGGUGAGAGGAUCAGCUCACACAACACGACGGGUGGGACGUUGAGAAACUUUGACAUUGUGCCGCCAUCUGCAGUCAAAGACUUGGACACCGGUUGGACCUUAUGGACCACUUGGGACAUCAAGGGCAGUAUCAUCUGCGAGUCCAUUACCAUGGAUGAUCUUUUCCAAUUCACCACUUAUGCCGAACCGUCUGAUCCGCCAUAUUUGCUGUAUGAAUGGCAGACUGCGUCACCUCAUCCUGAUACCGACAACAUGGAUGCGGCAUACUUUGACAAUAUACUCAGUUUGGACCCACCCGAUCCAACUCUGCCUCUGGAGCAUCCAGACAUACCCGAAACCUUCAUCCGGCACCUCUUUUAUCCCGGUCGUUUCUCGAGCUUGUCCUUGUCUACCGCUCUAGAGGAGUACUGCGCCAGACUUUCAGAGUAUCAAGACUGGCCUCAGCUAAAUAACUCAUACUCUUGUCUCUCUCGCAAAAUGGCAGCUAUUGUAGGCUGCACGAUAGCUAUGGACACCCACCCUCAGACGGGAGCACCUGCCGUCGACAUCUUUCGACGAGAUACAAAGCUCGAAUGGCUCGGUGUCUGGUCCCGAGUCAGAGAGCUCGACAAGCACGCUCGAUGGCCCGUCGGCAAUGCCGUCGUGGACGAUCAACAGAUAGUCAUAUGCCGCGAGAGUGUGUUGGUGCCCAUCAGCAUGGACACUGCAGAAUUGAUCGCCAAGUUCGCCUCGGACGACGAGGUCUUGUCAGAGCUGUCUGAAUCGGCCUUAGCGGUCUAUCCCCUUAUUGACGCCUCCACAUCCCGAACUCACACCUUGGUGGUCGCAGCGGCAGGCGAGCAGCUACUAUCAACACUGGCUGAUUUACCGACUGAAGACGGGCUAUCCAACUGUCUGGAUGCAUUUUUCGCUCAACUUGACUUGAUCCUCAGCUCCUCUUUGCAAUCUCCUGUCGAACAAAUUGCAGACGAUCUCUGGGACGAGUUCUUGGAUGCAUGUUUGACAGAAGAGGAACGCACAAACACCCGGCGCGUGCUGUCAGAAUGUGACGACUUGGAGCAAGGUCUGGUCUCGCUGCUCGACAUCCUUACCGACCUCUCCGCUUCAGCAAUCGGCUCAUCCCAAGAUAAUCUGGCUUUCGCUGGUCUCGGUAACUCCAUCAUCACUUCGACGAUCAUCUCUGUCAUCGAUGUCCGCUACACUCUUGUUAGGUACUUAGUCUUGGUCGCCAUAUUUCAUCUUGUCGAGUCAGACUUGACUCCAGACACCCAGGAAGGCGAAAGCAUAAUUGCCAUCCUUGCUCGCUCACUAGCGCUGUAUCACCGAUAUCGAGCGCUAAGCUGGCUGUCGGAGCAGACAGCUGAAGAAGCUCGGCAGUACGCCAGAGAUGGACUACAAGCGAAACGCAAGCCAAAUUCCGGUGACAUGCUGACAGAUGGUUUCGGGGGUCUUCAAGUGGGUGACGAACGCUCCACGACAGAUACAGAUGGCUUUGAAGUCGACUAUUCUGUCAUCCACUCUCUCUUGGCCCACCAGAAGCCUCAGACUGUUCAAGACGAGGUCGUCGACCUUAUUGCGGAUGGGGCUUCUUCAUUCCUCUCAAGCUUGCAUGUGAUCUCACCGGAUAUGACGGACAACGAAUCACGUCCGGGAGAUGUGAAAUUGGGGUAUCUUAUACUUAUCGAUAAUCAACCUACGGCUGCCCGAGCAUUCACCGAUCUAUACCCACUCUCAGCUGGCAUGGCGUAUGUCAAGGGCAGAGCGUGUCUGGAACUCGGAGACAGUCAAGAGGCGUCGAGACUUUUGCGGCUAGCCUCUGUCGAUGUUGAUACCGAGGCGCUCGCGAAUAUACUUCCGCCGGCCGAAAAUGAAGACCGCCUGACCAGCUUCUAUCGACAUGUCACUUCGCUGUUCGAAGAGCAUGGUUUGGAUGACUUUGUUGUCACCUUUGGUGAAAUGGCUUUGAACUCGACAGGCGAAGAUGACCUCAAAGACAUCCGAACAAAGGUCUUCCUGGCUAAUUUGUCACUCAAGGCGUACGAAGACGCGUAUGUGGUUCUGAAUGGCGCUUCCAACAUGGACCUGCGGAAGGAUUUUCUCGGUCAACUCAUCUCACAUAUGUGCGAAGCCAAUGAGAUCGGUCGACUCAACGCACUCGGCUUUGUUGGACUCCAACAGGAGGUGGAAAAGCUUAUCCGCUUCAAAGCUCGUCACUCGGAUCCGGUUCGAUAUCCGAAUUACUACAAAGUCUUGUACUCCUGGCAUGUGUCACGAGGAGACUAUCGCAGUGCUGGAGAGAUCAUGUACCUUCAAGCAAGACGACUCGACACGGAUCCUGGGAAGAGCUCCAGUCCUCUCUCCGAUCUCGCCGUCAUGCAAGCGAGAUCAUAUCUCGCAUCCAUAAACUGCAUGUCAAUGGUCGACAAGACACAGGCUUGGAUCGCUAUACCUGCCCCACGUACAGCUCCCAAGCGGGAAGCGAAGCGACGUCGGGUGACAUCGUACAUCCCGGAAUCUGCCAUGGGCAAAGACAAGCAUCGGAUGGAACUGAUCACGCUAGCGGAUAUCAAGGCCGAGUAUUCGGCCGUUCUCGCCAAGCUCCAUCUGGCCAAUAUAGUCGACGACAUCUUUGCUGAUGGGCAUAUUACAAUCGGCCCAAGCGAGCUCGUUGGCUUACUUGUUCAACACGCCAUGUUCGAUCUUGCGCUUUCCUCAGCGGCAUCACUCGAAGUAGAUAUGACCGACGUCUUUGUGGCUCUGGCAUCUCGUUGUGUUCAGCUGUCCCGGUCAUCGACUCUCUCAGGCGGCGUCGAAGCUAGAUCCAUCGCUUUCCUGUUCUCGUCACCCAUCACUUCUCGUCUCCGAGGUCCAGCCCCAGCUUUGGCGUUACGGUAUCUCCAAGUCGCACUGACCCGAUACGACUCGACAAAGUCUCAGUGGAAGUACCGAGAAGCGGUGGCCGAGACUUUCUUUGAGAUGAAUCUGGACAAGCGGAAUGGCUGGCAGAUGCCCGUCUGGCUCGUAGAUUGGGAAAUGAAUCGGAAUGCAGAAGGAUGGAUAGGAAAGGCUGUCAAGUGGGGCUGGAUCGAAGAAGCGAUUGAUUGGUCGAUGCAGCAUCUAGCAAGCAUGGAUGCGCCGGAAUUGUUACCUGGGAAACGGGCCGGUGUCGCCUACACACCAUUUAACUUGUUCGAUCGGGUCAUCGCCGCUGCGUCGGAGAGCUCUGGAAAGGAUGAUGCGAGGGUGCAGGAGAAGUCGCAAAGAUUGCGUGCAGCGCUUAAAUCACGUGUAGCAGGACUGAAGAAGGUGAAAUGA